AUGGACGAUUGGAUCAACGACCACGACAACAUUGACGAGUUUGCCAAUGAGCUGAUGCACAAGCUCAACCAGCGGAACCAGUAUCCGAUGAACACGCAGCCCUUUGCAAAGAGUGAUCUCCACAUCAAGGACCUCUUUCGGAAGUUCACCCAAAAGGUCGCCCACCUGCAGGAGAACUUGAAUGCCAGCGCCAACCGAAUAACACAACGAGAGGCCGAGCGACGGCAGAGGCUGGUCGAUAAUCUGAGCAGUCGCUGCAAGCAAAUCGAGAAUCUAAUCAACAAUCCUGACAGUGAUCGACGAAGUGCCCUGUUCAGCUACAGCAACUACCAGAGCAUCAGUCGAACUGACAGCCUCCACCACCACCCCGAUGCGCCCACCAUUGGCUGGAACACUGGCCUGGAGGAGGAAACGGGCGCCGGCGGCGACGACGACGGAAACAGCAACCAGUCGGUGACGACGCUCAGGGAGACGCAGAGGCUGCUGUUGCAAGCUCAAGACGAAGGCCUGGACACACUCGGCAAUAUUAUAACGCGUCAGAAGUACCUCGCCCAGGGCAUUAACACGGAAAUUGAUCUCCAUAAUGAAAUACUGGAGGACAUUGGCGAGGCGAUUACCGAUACGGACGACCGCGUCACUCGCAACACGCGAAACAUUCAAGUCGUCAGCAACAAGGCGAGCACCUGCG